AUGCUUCAGAAAAACAACUUCACUGGCCCACUUCCUCCCGAGCUAGUGUCGCUUCCUCGUCUCACCAAGUUCUCAGUGGCAUUCAAUCAACUAACCGGUCCUGUCCCAAAUUUCAACUUGAAGUUUGGACGGGAGAACUUUUCUAGUAACGAGGGUUUAUGUGGCCAGCCUAUGGAUCCUUGUGUUGACCCGGAAGAAGAUAUAAUACGGUUAGGGAAGAUCGGCGCAGCAGUUGGUGCGGCUUUAUUUGCACCGCUAGGUGCGUUCUUAGACUGGUUCGUCUUCAGUGGUAGGAAGAAGAAGCAAGAAGAUAGAAGACACCAUAGCUGGAUUUUCCACAUUGGGGAUUAA